GGCGACGCUGGAGGAGCGAGCGUGGUCGAGGCAAGAGGUAUAUCAAACGCAGGUAGGAGAGGUGUAUACACCUCCUGCGAGUUUACGAGCUCCACGGCGAGCUCAACGAGCGGGCAGUUACCUUUCCGUUUCGAGACCGUGAGGAUCUACCUCCCUCCAUACUGCGGAGUUCGCCGAUCACUACUUCUGGUGUCCGAACCCUUCGAUGCUGGAGAUCCUAAGAGCGCUUGUUGCAUCCUGCGUGGAGUUCGCGAAUUUUUCACGGAAGUGACUCGGUCUGCCGAUCUUACCCGGUCGCACGCGAUUAAGUGCAGCUCGAGGGGAAUGAGCCGCCCGAAGAUGACGUCGGUUUUGUUUACAUGCGCUGUUCUCGUGGCGUUAUGCGAGGUGCAGGCGAUCUCAUCGUCCUGGCGGCCGAUCGUGCCAGCCCACAGCAACGCAGGUAUACUGCACCAGGAGGCAUCGAUUUUUGGUAACGCGCCAACGCAGACGCUUUAUGACGUGGACAGCCCUCAUCAUCUGCUGCUGCCGCAGGAGCAAGAAAGGUGUUCCCUCUACAAGGUCUCUAUGAACCAGCAGCUGUACUUCGAGUACAUCCAUUACAAGACGGACCUGCCGGACAUAAAGGAGUUCACCCUCUGCAUGUGGAUGAAAUUUUACAAUCACUCCAACGACCAUCCCUUGUUCUCUUAUGCAGUCGGCGACCAGCCACGAGGGAUAUUGUCGUGGGUGGCGAACACGCCAAGAAGCUCGUACUACAUGCUUAACGUCAACGGUCACAACUUGUACAGACUGAAUUAUCCGCUGAGACUUAACAAGUGGUACCACUCCUGCCAGAGCUGGAACGGUCGCACUGGGGAGUGGCAGAUCUGGGUCAACGACGAGCGCGUAGGUCGCGGGUUCAACAACAGGUUGGUCGGGCACGUUAUCAAAGGCGGCGGAAUUGCUAUUUCGGGACAAGAACAACGACAGCUGGGCGGCGGUUUCUUGGAGGGUGAUGGCGCACCACCGGGCUCUGGUGGCUAUUUGGGAGAACUGACAAUGGUGCAGCUAUAUAAUGUCGCCCUGACCGCGGGGAAGGCGCACAAAGAUCACAAGCACCAUCACGCCCAUCAUUACGAACACGAUACGAGUAAUAAUAUACCGAGGACCACCAUGCGCGCGCCCGUAACCGGACCACCUUUACUGCCGCAUCCCUUCCUCACCGGGGGACAGAUCAAUACACAAGUGAAGAUCAAUCCGGGAGCGCCGAUUCAGAUCGUACAAAACGGCGUAACCAUCCGUCAUCCCGCAUUACCACCGGUGCCGGAAUCGCCCCCGCAACCGCUUCCGCCCCUGAAUCUCGAUGCUCUCUCGACGUCGUAUCCCGGGCUGCCGUCGCAAUUCUUCGGUAAUCCGGUACAGCAGCAGUUAUCAACCGCCACUAGACCGUCGUCGUUCAUCCCGGACGGGACCUAUCACAAUCUCUUCAAGAGAGAGAAAAACGAGUCGAAGCGACGGAUCCUCAAGGACGAGACAGUGGUGUCGAGUUUGAUCAAAUCCGAGAAAUCCGUCGCGAAGAGGGAUGUCGAGCAAACUUCUAGUAGCUCCGACGGCAAGGUGUCUUUUGUCCCGAGAUCGGAGGCCGAGGAUGAGAAGAAACUGGAGAAACGCGAGUCCGAUAAGAAGAAGAGAGGACUGUUGCAAUUAGGCGACGGAUCGAUCUACGACGACGAAUACUCCAUCCCUCAAGGCUUGGACAACGAUUACUUCACGGGACUGGCGAGCUACGGGUUGCACCUGACCAAGGGAACGGACGAGGAGAACGAACGCGAGCCCGCCGAGGCCGAGGUCAGGCAAGUGAUGGACAUGUGCGACGGUUGCGCCGAAGAGCCAUUCGAGAAGGCGUUGGUCUUGGCCUGGAGAUCGGUGCCCAAGAAGCUGUAUUCCGGCGCGUUGUUCUUGCCAGCGAUACCAGUGUGCAAAGCGUUUUAAGGCACCGGCCGGAAGACACGCGACGAAUCAAGGACGUCGCGCGAAUUCCCAGGGAACUCGUCGGUGGACAUGCAUUCCGCCUCGAGAAAAUCAAGCGUCGAAAUUCAGAAAUCGAGACACUUUCCGAGAAGCCAUAAAGUAAAAAUACCGAUGCCUGGACGCUAACAACACUGGUUAUUCUUAUAACCACUAACUCUGGACAUUCUUAUAAGUUUUGGCUUUUAGAUACGAAUAUUUAAUCCUUAUAGUGUCGAACAAUGAUAUAUUGUUGUUCGCAACACUUGCGAAAAGUGCCAUCGAUAUAUCGUUGCGCAUACGAUGCUGCCGGACUAAUUUUAUAAGACGUUAUAAAUGGUUGAAUUUCUCUUGAGAAAUUUUUCUCAAACCCUAUCAAACUACAUCAAUUUGGUCCGGUAUUUUAAGCUUAGGUACAUUUUCGGUCGGCACUAAAAGCGUUAAAAUUUUCAAAAUACAGGAUAUAUACAUGUACAUACAUUCUAUAUUGAAAGUUUAAAUAUCUGAGUUUGUAAGAACCAAAACAAUAGGAAUGUUCAGUUAGGCAGCGGUGUUAUUAGUAUCCACAGAGAUAUCGGUACUUUUAUCUUUUAAUACCGAGAUUUAAGGAUAACGUUUUCCCCGCAGUGCACAAUUGUUCCGAGGAGAAGAACUGUUACACCAAACAUAGUAGACAAGUGUGUAGAUAUUUAUCCAUUUAGGUGCUCUUGUUGUACUUAAGUUCCACUCAAAUGAGCUUCUUCGGGGAGUUGUCCCACUUUUUAACUCCCGGCGCACAUUUUCUCGGGACAAUGGAUGUUCAUCAGUUCGUCCACCGUCCGCGAAAGACGGUUGACCGCGCGGGCGACAACGAUCGACGGAAGAUCGACGAUCUCUCGAGAGUGAAACCUUCCCAGGUAUCCCACGCCAUGUUUCAAUCGCUGUGUAUCUUUUAGUUGUUACGAACGGAGACGUUUGUACGAACGAGGCUGGUAUGACGCGCGGUGAAAAUGAUCCGUAUAUGAAAAUAAGAUUUAUUUAAUUAGUGGCGAUUUUCGAUCGUGUAGCUCUCUCUCUCUCUCUCUCUCUCUCUCUCUUACCGGGCGAAAUAUUUUCGUUAUUUCGUCGGCGCAGCAUAGGACAGUAUUAUUUCGUAAAGUAUCGGCGGAAACCGAUCAGGAAUGACGACGAUCGCUCUGUCAACGAGACACUCGACGCGGUUCCAAGAUACGUGUUGAUCGAUCGACUUCGGCGACACGGAGGGAAACUCAAUUGCGCAGCGAGGAAAACCGCCUCGACCGAUCUUAGCAAAACGUGCGUCUUGGUAAGCUCAAGACUUAGUUAUAGUGACAUUAUUUCUUCUCUUUUGCGUAAGUGUAAUGUAUACCGAAUAAAUUUGUACGAAUCGUU